AUGGCUAGGCUCACAUCAACUUCAACAGCGGGAAAGCAGCAGACAUUCGCGGACCCUCCAAAAGGCGCUCAAAGACCUCCUAAACGAAAGAGGUCUGCUAAAGAUUUUGUAGACACCAGGUUCAAAUUCAGCUCUGCGGCUUCACGAUCGAAGAAGCUCAAAGUCAAUCUUAGUCAUGUUGUCACUGCUCAUCCCAGUCUAGCCCUGGAGCUCGAAGAUAAAGACGGUCACGAUUGCCACUUUUCUCCGGCUCUUAAGAAUGCCACAUUGGAAAACCUUUCGAUCCCAUUCACCAAAUUGUAUCGAAAUAUCGAACCUAUCACUCGAAGCUUGCCACUCCUAUUACACCACAAGGACCAGGUCAUCGACGCUUGUUGUGCGGCGUUAACAAUCCAAUUAGGGGACGAAGACGAAAAUGAUGAUUCUCAACCUUUUCCGAAAACUCCAUUUUCAACUCGAGCAAGAAAUGACCAUGUGCAAGCCGAAAAAGAGCAGAAGCGCAAGUUACUGAAGGCUCGAGAAAGGGUUGAUCUUGUAGCUUCAACAGUGCUUGACCUUCUGGUUCCUUUGAUCGUGGAUUUAUCGACUGCCCUACUCGAUGCUUCACCGCUUACCAACAACACCUCAUCCUUCGAAAAGAUUCUUACCACCUUACUCCAUCUCAUCAAUUUACCGAACCCCGACCCACAGACAUUGGAAAAAUCUACUCAAGUAAUCGUCCAUCUUUUCAAGACCUUGGCGAAAGAUUUGGUUCUGUCCGAUGAAGAAGAACAACUCGGCAACGAUAGACUUCAUAGAAUAUGGCAGCUAGCUCGGUUUGCCCUGGGUGCACCAUCUCCCUCAAAUGAUAUUCAACGAACGGAAGCCAAAACUCAUCACCAUCAAGAGACCGGAGAAGGAGCUCUCAAAUUGCCCGAAGAAGAUGAAGAUGGUGCUCAAAGUGACACAGAUUCCUCACAUCAAGUUCUGGCGGCGAACGUAGAUGAAGGAAUCGAUGCAGAGUCUCUACAGGAGGAAGACGAAUUACUCCCCACUACUGAAGAGCUGGACGCGCUCCUACCUACACCUUCACAAAAGCCCACCAAUAAUCAUGACAGCAAGCCAGACGCUCUCAAACGUGUAUUUUACGCUACCAAUUCAUCGACCAGGAGACUUUUUGCUACCUCAUUGGCUUUUUUGAUCCGGAAGAAGAAUUGCUCAGCUCAGCUCAUUCAACUUAUGCUCGAUGAUUUGAUGGCAGUAGAGUCGGAAGAGAUCAUACGUGAAGGUGAACUCAGAGCUCGAAAGGACAAGCGCGACUUUGAUCGUAAAGGUGUAGUCAAACAUAACACUCUGGUGGAGGAAAAAGGUGGGGCUCGAGUUUUUGCUGAAGGUAUAACUUGGGCUAUCACUGAAAGUUGCAAAACUAUUGAUCAUCGUUUACAUUCCCGAGCUACUGAGAUAAUAUCUACCUUGCACGCUUGUGUCAAACAACCAUCGCGGCCAGCCGACCCACCACUACAGGAUGAAACAUCCCUUUCUGGCGGAGUAGCACAAGGUGCUUUGAUUGCACUCUUACAUCAUACAAAUGCGGAACAUUUUGAAAGCGUCUUGGCUGACAUCCUGUCCAGGACAAGAGAUCAUCUCAAAUCUUUGGAAACUAAUGCCGAUACCCCUAUCAUAAAGAACGGCCACCCGGCGCCUGCGUUGCAAGUUUGUCUACAAAGCUUGUCAGUGAUUGCGGGAGUUCGACAAGGAUCCAAGAUAGCUGAAUCCAAAAGGAUCGAUAUGUUCGAAACUUUGGAUCAUCUGACCAAUUUGAUGGCAAAUAUUCAGACUGGGUUUUCUCCUCAACUAUAUCCUUCGGUCACAUCGUAUAUCAUCAAUCUACUAACAUCUAUCAAAAACACUGGCGAAUUCCUCGCGAGCCCGAAGAUUCCGUUGCAUCGAGUGCAAUGGCCGUUCAUGGACGACUUUCUUCUUCCGAACUUAUGGCCGCUGCUGAUUGCUCGCCUGACUCCGAGCCAAGCCAAUGAAAAAGUGGACUCCACCUCGACGGCUAGCUUAUUGGGCAACAUCGCUGGCAUCUUCAAGCACAGUCUACCUCAUCCUAUGCUUGAAUUAGUCGUCCAGAAAGUGUGCUGGGCGAUCAAAUCUGUCAUCGAGCGUUCUCUCCACUUCAUCACUUCUACCGAUUCGACGACAAUGGUCAGCGAUCAACUUUCUGAUACAACAGUACACGAAGCGUCAGAUUGGCUCUUUGUCUUUGCCAACAUCGCACCCGACCCUAAAUUACGGCAGUAUCUGCAGACACGCGCACCACUUCGGGAAUGGCUUGGAUUAUUCGAAGCCUUCAUUUCCAAGGCGGGCAGCACCGAGGAUGUACAAUCGCUCCGUGCUCGAUACCUACAAGAGUAUUCACACGGAACUCAUCUUCAUCAUACCAUCGCGAUUUCUCAACUGAUCGCUACAAUCCGAGCUCUCCUCCGGUUCGAAGGUCUAAUGUCCAAGUGCGAUGUGUUACUUGCCAACAUACCUCGAAUGUUAGAACUCUGGGGAUGGCACAGAGAUGUGCUUCACCAGAUAUGUGGACUAUGUUCUGAUAUCAAGUCUUCCGAUUAUCACCAGCUGUUACCAUCCUUCGAAUCAGUUUAUCCCCAUCUGCAGCCUGCCCUUAUAUCGGAGAGCGCAAGCAUUCGAUCGGAAGCUCUCGAGAUCUUGAUUCUGCUCAAUCGAGAUCCUGUUCGGCAAAAUAUUCUCAAUCAAUGUACCAUAAUUGAAAAGACGCCUCUACUAGUAGAGAAGUCUAGGGACCGUCAGAUGCACAUUAGGAAGCUUGGUAUCAUGGUCAAAUCUGAUGCGAGGCUAGAAGAAGAUUCCGAAUCGGUUGAUAUCGCUCAAAGAUAUAUCAUGUCCCAAUUGAAAGUUCAUUUCAAGCCGCUUUGGGAGGAAAGCAUUAAAUCUCUCACUACACUGAACGAACGUUUUCCCGCUAGCUUUUGGUCGUUGGUAUGGAGCCAACUUGAGUUGGUGUUGAAUGAAUCGCCUGCGAUAUGUUUGACUCCUUAUACGAAUUUUGAGGCUCCCCUCGAGGUUCAAGGGCCUGGGGUGAUAUGCAAAUUCUCAAAUGAAUCGCAGUUUCUGUGUACAAAUUUGAAUAUACUUGAACAGAAUCGCAUUCAAGAUCUUAAAAGCGAACGCAUCCAAGCAAUGUUAGAUGCCCAGAAAUUGGAAUCUCGCUUAGAUCGACGGAAUUAUGAGGUCCAGUUACUUGAACUUUUGUGUCACAAUCCGGAAAUUGCUCAAAAACACAACAAAUUGGUCAUCGGCGCUUAUUUCAAAUUUUGUCAGCCUGAUGAGGAUGAUAUCGAGCAAGGUCAUAUGCUUGGAAAGUCUGCCAGGACACGUUUGGUCAAUUGGUUACCUCUUAUAUCCAAAUUCAACGCACCAAAGUGCUUGUAUCGAUCCGAUGAGCUUCGAACUUCGCUCUACGACAUUUUGGCGGAUCCUGAUUCUACACUUCGAACUUUGGCAUUGGAGUGUAUCUUGAUUUGGAAAGAUGGUGGUAUUCUUCGACAUCAGGAGCAUCUAAAGGAUUUGAUGGAUUCAUCCAAGUUUCGGGAUACUCUGUUGAAGCUCUCUUUCACUUCGAAUGGCGAUCAAGUCUCAGAUGGCGAUCGGGCCGAAGUCAUCCCGGUAGCGAUCCGGAUCUUAUAUGGAUGUAUGUUGAUGAAUGGAGGCCGGGGAUCCACUGCCCAAAGUCAAGCUCCUCGAAGAGCAGCAAUCCUCUCGACACUCAAGAGUUUCUCAGCCACUGAACUGGACCUUUUGGUCGACUUGAUGCUGAAUCCACUGAAGUCAAACUCCGACACGAAAUCAAUGGGUGGACCACUGAGCUCGAAAAAACAACUUGGGUUUCUCACCUUAUUGGGUGACGUGAUGAAGUCAUUGGGGCGAGAUCUUUGUUCAAGAUGGCCUGAACUUUUGGACACGGUAAUCAGACUCAUUACCACCGCUCAAUCAAAACUGGUGGCUGUCAGUGAACACCGCGUUGAAGCUGAAGGAUCGCAAACCGGCCUAUGCAAGAAGAUACGUUCUCAGGCCAUUCAUCGCCUCACGAGCUUUUUCAAGCAUGCCCCCCUCUCGUUCUCCUUUCAACCAUGGAUCCAACAAAUCUUUGAUGUUGUCAUAAGUCCUCGACUACCAACCUUUGCCUCUGAAUCGGCCCAAGCUCCAUCUGCUCUUCUUGGCCUGUUCCAUACAUGGUCAAGUCAUCGGGAGCAGGCUCUCUUGUUGGUGGAUCACAAUCCGGAUGUUUUGAAAUCAGUUUACGAGCUUUUAGCAAUUCCCAACGUAAAACAAGAUGUGAUCAAUAGAGUAUUUGACAUUCUCGAGAACCUAAUCCGAUAUGUCAACACAGGACCUGAAUACUCUCCGCAGCGUCUCUUGACCUCAUACUUUGCUGGUCUUCUCCCAAGUUUGGCUGGCCUUCUGCGUGGGUCAUCGACAGGAGUGCCCUCGUACGCGACUAGUACAGGGUCACGGCAAAUCAAUCUACUCUCAAGCUUGAUGCCCUAUAUCACUGAUACUGAACAUGCCGAAAGCUUCUGCGAAUUGCUUAUACCAUUACUUGCCAAACGCUCUUAUCGGGUCCCAGAGGCCAUUCAAACAAAUUUAUUGGUAAUUCUCUCUGAGUUCCUUGGCAAGGCACCCCUGAAUGCGACCCUGCCUAGUACUCUCAAGACGCUCUCGACUCUCUUGGAAACUAUCACAACUCGUAAAGGAAGAUGUGCGCUUGUAAAGGCAUUUCAAGCUAUUAGCAUCCACCGAAGCGAUUUGCGAGACAGCGAUACGGUCCGGCUGAUCGCCGAACUGAACAGUUUUUCGGUCAAACGUUUGGACGAGCCGGACUUUGAGAGGAGAUUGAAUGCGUUUGCAGAGCUGAACGAGUCAAUCUACAAGCGAUUUGGCCCGCUGGAAUGGGAGAUUCUGAUUCAUCAUGCUUUAUAUCAAAUCCGAGAUGAGGAAGAACUCAGUUUGAGAAAUAGUUCGGCCCUUUUACUCGGAAGGUUUUUUGAAGUCAUUGAUGGUAGUACCCCAGAUUCAAUCUUACGACCUGUCUUGACAAAAGUAAUGCUCACAGGAUUGAAGAAAGCCUUACGUUCGAAAGCAGAAGUUAUCAGGCAAGAUGUGUUAAAUGUACUUUCGACUGCUAUCACGAAGAAUUUACCUGAUGUGACUGAAUUGACGGAAAUGAAAUGUUUGCUUGUGGAUGGUGAUAAAGAGGCCAAUUUCUUUUUAAAUGUAUAUCAUAUCCAAUCUCAUCGAAGGACUAGAGCAUUGAGAAGAUUAGCCGAGGAGGUAGAGAAAGGCCGAUUAGGUAGCAAAGUGAUAUUCGACAUCUUUUGUCCAUUAUUAGUUCACACUUUGGCACCCAAGACUACAACGAGACCAGAUCCUGAAGUUGUCAAUGAAUCGGUCCGAACGCUCGGGACGCUAGUGAAAGCCCUAUCCUGGUCGGCUUACAACGCCAUCUUACAGUUCUAUAUGAAAUUACUUCAUGGAGCUGAAACUGUCAACAAGACGAUUGUUCGAGUCGUCGUAUCAAUCUUGCGAGGUUUUUAUUUCAAUCUUGCGGUACCUACAACUGAAGAUGGUUCCAAACUGACAUCAGCUCCUACAUAUGUGACUGAAAUGGUAUCGGACCGAUUGAUACCCAAAUUGAUUCGUUUCAUGGAACAGCAGAAGGAAGGUGGACCCGAUGAAAGUUUAAGAAUCAUGAUGUCUGAGGGUGUAGCCAUGAUAGCUACAUUUCUGCCUUCACCCGCAAAGGAACUUGCCAUUGCUGGUGUGGUAUCUAGUCUUGCUCAGAUUCUCAAAUCAACUCAUCAAGAAACACGUCAAUCAGCGCGAACUGCAAUGGCAAAUAUUGCCUUUUUAUUACCCAAGGAAUCUCUUGUAGUGACGGUCAAAGAGUUAAGAUCGGCACUGGUACGUGGACCACAAGUUCAUGUUUUGGCACACGUCAUUUAUGCCAUCUUGGCCAAGACCGGCGAAUGGGAGGACAGCGAUGUUCCAGGAGAGGUGGUCGCACCGAUAAUGAAGAUUUUGGCUGAAGACUUGUUUGGUGACCCAGCAAAAGAGAGGCAAUCGAAAGAAUUGAAAGCAAAGACUAAGUUUUCUGAGACUCGAUCUUCACGUUCAUUGGAAAGUCUACAGAUGCUUGUCAGUCGAUUAUCGAGCUCAGAGCAGUUGACUGAAAUCUUACGUCCAUUUCGGAAUAUACUCGAGUCGACACGUUCCCCUCGAUUGUUGACUCAGUUGGAAGAGUCUUUCAGACGACUUACUGCCGGAGUGGUGGUCAACAGCCGUCGAUUUGAUGCUCCAACGGUCUUGAAGCUAGUUCACACAUUCAUCGCACGUAACUCCGACUUACUAAAAAAUCGAUCCAAUCAGAACACUCGGAAAGUCAUCAAACCCACAGAUUAUAAGUUAGUUUUGUCUGGCAAGAUAAAAUCUAAAGUUGAUCAUUAUGAAGAGAAUGCUCAUCACUUUGUCAGUUUAGGCUUGGACCUAUUUCAAGCACUGUAUCGAAAAGGAACCUAUAACUUACAUGAGCCUUCAAACUUGGAAUUGAUUGAUCCACUGGUGGUCGUUGUUGGGAACACACUUUAUUCUCAUAAUAGUGAAGUAUUAGGUCGUGGAUUGAGGGUGAUGAGUAUCUUGAUUAAGCUCCCACUCGAGUCGGUUGAAAAGUCGGCAACUAUCAUCGUUCGACAAAUGUUGGCAGUAGUAUCUCAUAUUGGUACAUCUGAAUCUGAACUUUCACAAGUUGCACUCAAGACACUAGGAACUGUGAUUAGAGAUUGCAAAGUAGUUGAACUCACUGAGAAGCAACUUACCGCUCUGUUGAACAUGAUUGCACCUGAUCUCGAAGAUUCUACUCGUCAAUUAACUCUCUUCGCUCUCUUGAGAGGAAUCAUGUCCAAAAAGUUUCUCGCUCCUGAAUUAUAUGACCUCAUGGAUCGAAUUGUACAUGUACUCGUCACCGCACAAGCUGCACAAGUGAGAGAAGUGUGUAGAUCAAUUUAUCUUCAGUUCUUGCUUGACUAUCCACAAGGUAAAGGUCGAUUAUCAAAAUCUUUGGAAUUCCUCAUCAAAAAUUUAUCUUACGAACACGAGAGUGGAAGAGAAUCAGUAUUAGAUCUUUUGAAUGCGAUCACAAACAAGAUUGGAACCGAGUUGGUAAUUAAACACGCGGACAUCUUAUUCAUGGGUCUUGUGAUGUCAGUCACAAACGAGAGUUCGACUAAAUGCAAGCAGAUGUCACUUGAGGUUGUGAAAGUCUUGCUUCGUAGGAUGGACCCGAGGAAAGCUACAGAGUUCCUUGAAAUGUUGUUCGCCUGGUAUCAAGCUAAGAAGAGUCAAGUUGGUCUCAAACGAACGGCUUUACAAAUCUUGGCCAUUUAUGCAGAAGUCAAAGCGGUGGGAGAUUCUCAGACAAUCCGAAGGAUUCAUGAUUUACUACUCUCUAAUGCCAAAUUGAUUGCUGAAGAACUCCUGAUGGUCGAAGAGGACGAAGAGACAGAAUCAUCAUUAGAUUGGCAGCUCGCUUAUCAAACUCUUCAAGGUCUAUCAAAGGUUUAUAAAGUAGAUUCAGAUCAAAUCACAGCGGCGCUCGAGGCAGAUGGCUGGAGUAUGAUUCAAAACUUCUUACUUUACCCUCAUAUGUGGGUACGAAGUUCAGCUGCUAGGCUCUUGGGGAUGCUGUUCUCAAAUCCAGAUGUGUUGAAAGCACGACCAUUGAAGACCGAACAACUUGUGAAAGUGGCUAGACAAUCAAGUUUACAACUCAGGAGUGAUCACUUGGACGAAGCUUUGGCUUUACAAAUCGUCAAGAACUUGUUCUUCGUCUUGAAGGCUCUAAGAGAACGAGUGGGCGAUGAUCAAGAUCUGCAGAAAAUCGCCGAGAUUGACGGUGUUCGUCAGACGGGUGGAGAUGCAGAAAACAUGAGUGGUUCUGAGGACGAAGAACAACAGCAAACGAAGAAGACAAUUUGUCAUGGUGUCGAAUUAAUGAAAAUGGUUCGCAAGCUUAGUCUCCAAGCUAACUUGGCACAUGCUAAGAGGCCGAGCUUAUUUGCAGCCCAGGAUGGGCGACAAUGGUCACUCGAACCAAUAUCUGUGCUAAGAUGCUUUGCUGCACUCAUCAAUUUUCUUUCUCCGCAAGACCUCGAGGCUAUCCUAAAUCCUUUAAUGAUUCCUAUCUAUCGAAUCUUGGAAGAUGCCAAUAUUCAAGAUCCUCAGAUGGUCGAAUUGCAAAACUUGGCUCGAGAAGUACAAGAAUUCUUACGUGAUAAGGUGGGCACCACGAAGUUCUCAUCGGUUUAUCAAAGCUUGAGGACAAGAGCGGUAGAGAAGAGACAUCAAAGGAAGACAGUAGAUGCAUUAAAGGCUAUUAAUCAUCCAGAGGCAUCAGCUAAACGAAAAGCUUCCAGAGGUGAUGCUAAAAGUAGGAUCAAAAAGAGAAAACAGGAAGUAUUUGCACGUAAUAAAUUGUCAUAUGGGAAAUAA